ACCCCACAAUAUUUUCUCUCUCCUCUCUCUCUCUCUCUCUCAUCUAAAUGAAGCCCCUCUCUUCUUCAACCCAAAGAAGGAGACCCUUCUCCUCUUAUUAUUAUUUCAUCACCCUUGCUUUCAUCACCUUCGUUGCCAUCAUCUACUGGAAGGACUUCGCCUCAUUUUUGCAGUCUCCAGCCCGGUCAAGCCCAACUGAGAAGGGGGAGGAAUGCGAUAUUUUUGAAGGGAGGUGGGUUUAUGAUGAAGAUAACAGGCCCCUGUACGAAGAGGAGGAGUGCCCUUACAUACAGCCCCAGCUCACGUGCCAGGCGCAUGGGAGGCCGGAGACUGGGUACCAGCGCUGGAGGUGGCAGCCCCAUGGCUGCUCUCUUCCAAGAUUUAAUGCCAGUCAAAUGCUUGAAAUGCUUCGUGGGAAGAGAAUGAUGUUCGUUGGAGAUUCAUUGAAUCGAGGUCAAUAUGUCUCUAUGGUCUGCCUUCUUCAUCGAAUCAUCCCUGAGAGUGCCAAAUCCUUGGAGACGGUGGAUUCACUUACUGUCUUCAGAGCUAAGGACUACAAUGCUUCAAUCGAAUUCUAUUGGGCUCCCUUUCUUGUCGAGUCCAACUCUGACAAUGCUGUAGUACACAGGAUAACAGAUAGAAUAGUUCGUGCCAGAUCCAUUAACAAGCAUGCCCAAUACUGGAAGGGAGCUGACAUCUUGGUCUUCAAUACUUAUCUAUGGUGGAUGACUGGAUCUAAGAUGAAGAUCUUGAAAGGGUCAUUUGGAGGUGAUAUGAAGGAUAUCAUAGAGAUGGAAACUGAAGAUGCAUAUCGGUUGGCAUUGAGGAGAAUGGUGAAGUGGGUAGAGAAGAAUAUGGAUCCUCAAAAUACAAGAGUUUUCUUUGCAAGCAUGUCACCUGCUCAUGCAAGUAGCAAGGAGUGGGGAGGUGAGCCGGAUGGCAACUGCUACAACGAGACCACACCUAUUCAAGAUCCAACAUAUUGGGGGAGCGCAAGCAAGAGCAUGAUGCAAGUUCUGAAGGAAGUUUUAAGCAAGUCUAGAGUGCCAAUCUCCCUCCUCAACAUCACCCAGCUCUCUGAGUAUAGAAAAGAUGCUCACACUUCCAUCUAUAAGAAACAAUGGACUCCUCUAACACCCGAGCAGAUUGCUAACCCUAAGAGCUAUGCUGAUUGCACUCACUGGUGCUUGCCCGGGCUUCAGGAUACGUGGAAUGAGCUCUUAUACGCGAACCUCUUCUCUCCUACAAUUUCAACUUGUUUUGAAUAUCCUACCAUGAGUUCAAACAAAAAGAAGUCUCCUUCUCUAACUGAGGAGGGCUUCGAAGCUGAAAUGGGCAAAAAGACUCAGCUCUCACCAAGGAAAUGGAACCUCAGAAACCAGUUUAAUUACUUUGUGGCCAUGGUCAUGGCCUUCGUCACCAUCGCAGCAAUCACUCUCACUGCUGAGAAUGCAAGGUUUUGGCUUGAAGAAUCCUCAGCAGUUGCUGUAAAGAACUCUGAAGAGAGCUGUAACUUGUUUGAAGGAAAAUGGGUGUAUGAUAAUAAUACAUACCCUUUGUACUCGGAGAAGAAAUGCUCGUUCAUGUCAGAUCAAUCGGCUUGUGAGAAGUUUGGGAGGAAGAAUUUCAGGUAUCAGAAUUGGAGGUGGCAGCCUCAUGGAUGCAAUCUUCCAAGGUUCGAUGCCAAAAGAUUAUUAGAGAGGCUUAGGGGUAAGAGGCUCACAUUUGUUGGAGACUCUCUAAACAGAAAUCAAUGGAUUUCAAUGGUUUGUCUCCUAGAUUCAGUCAUAUCCAUUCCUCACAAAUCCAUGGAAUCUAAAGGAUCACUCAUGUCCUUUAAAGCCAAGGAAUAUAACGCAUCAAUAGAAUUCUAUUGGUCCCCAUUGCUAGUCGAAUCGAACUCUGAUGAUCCAGUACACCAUCGGAUACCUGAUAGGAUUGUGAGGGCACAGUCUAUUGAGAAACAUGCAAGAUACUGGAUGGGUGCUGAUAUCUUGGUCUUCAACUCUUAUCUUUGGUGGAGGAGAGAUAAGAUGAAGGUCUUGUUUGGUUCAUUUGAGGACAAGGAUGGCAUCUACAAAGAAAUUGAGAUACAUCGUAGUUAUGAGCUUGCAUUGAAGACAUGGUCAGAUUGGCUCGAAUUCAAUGUGGAUCCUCUAAAGACCCAACUAUUUUUCAUGAGCAUGUCUCCUACUCAUUUCUGGGGUGAAGAAUGGGGAAUCAACAGCGGCUUAAACUGCUACAACGAAACCGAGCCAAUCACAAAGGAAAACUAUUCAGGUAGAGGAUCAGAUCACAAAAUGAUGCAAGUAGUGGAAUCAACAAUUGAAGGGCUAAGCAAGAGAGGAGUUAAUGUACAAAUACUCAAUAUUACUCAGCUCUCAGAGUACAGAAAAGAUGGUCACCCAUCAGUUUACAGGAAGCAGUGGGAGCCUCUAACCAAAGAGCAGCUAGCAAACCCUAGUAGAUAUGCUGAUUGUAUACAUUGGUGUCUUCCUGGUGUUCCUGAUGUAUGGAAUGAACUCCUAUCUGCUUAUAUUUUAUCCAAAUAGCAAAAGAAACAAUUCUUUUGUUCUCAAAAUCAAGCAUUU